ACAAGGCUUUAAUGAAUCCAAAUCAAACCUUAAUAUUUCCGCAGGAACAGAAUUCAACCUUCAUAGUCCGUUCACAUCCUUCCAUCCCGAUCUUUAUAAUCCCGUGGUGCAGACUGGAGAAGAGCUUGGGAAAUGGAAAACUUGCUAAUGAAAGUCCCAAGUAACCUUCGCGUCGUUUCUGCUUCGUCCUCCAAAGGGCCUAGUGGGAGUAUGAAACAAUUAGGUGGGCCAGUGAUUGUGGAACUUCCGCUGGAUAAAAUUAGAAGGCCCCUUAUGCUCACUAGAGCUAAUGAUCCCCAAAAGGUGCAGGAACUGAUGGAUAGUGUACGUGCAAUCGGCCUACAAGUCCCCAUUGAUGUCUUGGAAGUCGAUGGAGUGUACUACGGAUUUUCUGGGUGUCACCGCUAUGAGGCUCACCAGCGACUCGGCCUUCCAACUAUCCGCUGCAAAGUCCGUCGUGCAACAAAAGAAACAUUGAGGCAUCACUUACGAUAACAGAGUCCCCUUUUACCCAAAAAGUCUCUUAGUCAAGUUACUCAAAUAUUAUGCUUAUGUAAUAACUUCUAUCCAUGUACUCCUCUAUCUUCUUAUAUGGCAUGUAGUAUGCAGUAAAUUCCAAGGGACUAUGAAGAACGAUAUCACCUAACAAUGAUAUCUAUAAAUGGUGUAUAAGUUUUUUUUUCAUUGCAUCACUAUGCCUGGAACUCUGGAAGUGGUCGUGUUGCGCUAUCAACAUUAUUCUGUAUUAAUUAUCAAAUAUCUGUAUAGCUAGGAGCAGGAUUUGAGAGAGG